AUCUUCAUCCCACCCAUUCCAUUGACAAUCCUCCAAUGGACUCUUCUUCCUCCUCUCUAUCUCUCUGUUUGCUUGCACUACUCUCUGUAAUGAGCUUAGCCGCCCAGCCGAGAAAGCCUGUCGAUGUGCCAUUUCAGACCAACUAUGUGCCCACCUGGGCAAGCGAUCAUAUCAAAUACAUCAAUGGUGGGAAGGAAGUCCAACUCUACUUAGAUAAAUAUACAGGCACUGGCUUUCAGUCCAAGGGAUCUUACCUGUUCGGACACUUCAGCAUGCAGAUGAAGCUUGUUCCGGGUGAUUCUGCCGGCAUUGUCACUGCAUUUUAUCUUUCUUCGCAAAACUCGGAGCAUGAUGAGAUAGAUUUUGAGUUCUUGGGAAACAGGAGUGGGCAGCCAAGUAUUUUACAGACUAAUGUGUUCACUGGAGGAAAGGGGGAUAGAGAGCAGAGAAUAUAUCUCUGGUUUGAUCCUACGAAGGGAUACCAUGAUUACUCUAUUCUAUGGAACUUGUUUCAGAUUGUAUUCUAUGUGGACGAUGUGCCAAUAAGGGUGUUCAAGAACAGCAAAGAUCUGGGCGUGCGCUUCCCCUUCAACCAGCCCAUGAAAAUCUACUCAAGUCUGUGGAACGCCGACGAUUGGGCGACGAGAGGGGGGCUUGAGAAGACCAACUGGACCAACGCCCCCUUCGUCGCGGCCUACCGGAGCUUCCAUAUCGAUGGCUGCGAGGCUUCCGUGGAGGCCAAGUUCUGUGCCACGCAGGGCAAGAGAUGGUGGGAUCAGAAGGAGUUUCAGGACUUGGAUGGCUUGCAGUACCGGCGACUCUAUUGGGUUCGCAAGAAAUUUACUAUUUAUAACUAUUGUUCUGAUCGGUCUCGUUAUCCUGUUGUGCCGCCGGAGUGUCGCCGUGAUAGGGAUUACUGAGGUUGGUGCAGUUGAGUUGUGCGUUCAUGGUGUUCGAUGAAAUGCUUGAAAAAAGUUGGGAGGUGGUGAUUCUAUUUUGUUGAGCUGAUUGGUUAUGUGUAUUUGUUAGGUUUUCUAUGGAAUAUAUAAGUUUUAAUUAAUUAUCAGUA